GAGUUAAGGAAAUGAGGUAAAAUUUAACGCCGGAACGUCACGUGUAGCAUGUGCACCGUUGGCCUCCGUCAAGUUCGAAGGAACCCAGGGCUUGGGUUUGAGGAACUCACGCCUGGGUUCCUUCGAACCCAGCACGCCUGGGCGUGCGUGCUCUGUACUCUCUUUUCUCUCUCUCCGCCUCUGAUCGAUGUAAGUAUAAAAUCCUCAUCUUUGGUUUUCUGUUUGUUUGCCGAGAAAGUAGGUUGGAAAAUCAGAGAAAUUGCUGACUCGGGUAUUUUAGUGUUUGAAAUUUCAUAUUUGAUAGUGAUAUUUGUGUUUGGUCAAUCUGGCGCUGGUAACAACUGGGCUAAGGGCCAUUACACUGAGGGAGUUGAGCUCAUUGAUGCUGUUCUUGAUGUUGUGAGAAAGGAGGCAGAGAACUGUGAUUUGUCCCAGGCGCUAGUGCUGGGUUCCUUUGAACCCACAGUGGGGCCCACAAAAAAAUUGGCAGCAAGUAGACUUCCCGCUCGUGGGGUUCCAAGUUGGCAUGCCAGGUUGUCAAAAAAUUCUGAGUUGGCACUGACAUGCGCAUACUUGACGAAGGCCAACGGUGCACGUGCUACACGUGACGUUCCGGCGUUAAAUUUUGCCUCAUUUCCUCAACUCGAAAACGUUGAGGAAAUCCGGAUCUGCUCUGCUCUGUCCGUCCGGUUACUGCUCUUGCCGGUUUGUGGGUGCGAAUUCUGGGCAUUUUUAGUUUGCGUGAUUGCCCCUCCAGGUUCCCGUUGGCUUCCCCAACCCGCCAGCUCCGAUUCCUGCGGCUGGAAAAUUGUGGUUCCUGAUCGUUCUGUUAAUUUAGCACUGAGAUUGAGUCUUCGGUUUAUGCGAAUGAGAGCAUGCCUACUUGAAAUUGACUGAACUGCCCUGAUGAACUGAGAAUUUUGUAAAUUUCGAUUUUUACAUUAAAUCCAUGCCCACAUGGGAAUUUUCCGGUUUAUUUCUAAAAUUUGAUAUUGAUUGUGAAUUUCAGAAUUUUCUAUAAAUCCUGCAUGGUUUUGUCUCUAAUAUAGUCAUGAUUUUUGA